UAUGUAAGUCAACCAAGUUCAAUUUCCCAACCAAAAGUAUAAAACAUAACUUUGCAGACAUUUUAGUAAAUAAUAGUAUAAGUUUUAGUAACAAAUGGUAAUUGUGCUUUAGGAGCAAGAUGUUAAUUUGCUCAUGGAAGACAGGAGCUUAGAGCAAAUGCUAAUGGAUUUCAACAAAAUCCUGAAUUUAUUAUGCAUUAAAAUCCACAAGGUGCUCUACCCAUCAAGACAUAACCAAUUAAUCCCAUGAUUGCGAAUUAUAAAAGUAUUAUUUAAGAUUAAUCAUUUUUAAGCAUAAUUGUGCAAACACUUUAACCCAUAAACAGGAUUAUGCAAAAAUGGGGCUACAUGCACAUUUGCUCAUGGUGAAUAGGAACUAAAUUAAAUAAAUCCUUAUUUCCAAAAUCAAUAUUUGUAAUAAUAUCAAAUAUUAUAAUAAUAGGGCUAUGUAGCAACAAAUCAAAUAGUAAAAUUAAGCUUAAAUAUAAGCUGAACUCACUUAAUAAAUAUUAAUUAUGAUUCUGUCAAAUAUGGAACAUAUUUUUCCAGGAUAACAAGUAAAUAAUCCCAAUAAAUUUUAGGACAUCAUAAAUUUGUUAAAAUAGGGCUAAGAAAAAGCCAAGUAGGGUGAUAAUUAAGGAGCAAGUGAAAUAAUUAAAUUAAUUAUACAUGAUGAGCAGAGAACUAAGGAAGAAAAAUAAUAAUAUCAAUAAAUUUAUAACAAUGCCUAAAGACAUUAUGAUUCAAAAUUAAAAGAGUACUUAAACCAAUGAUUU